UGUCUGGAACAGCCAAGGGCAGUGACUCCUCACACAGACACAUUCCCAAACUUUCUCGAGUGAAAGAAGAAGCAGAGACCACUGUUAUUGCCGGCACCACCUCUGAGAAACCUCUUCUGCCUGGUCCCUUAGACCUCCUCGUCUUGAACCCCUGAUGAUGUGGCAGUGAUGGGGGUCAGAGCUUCUUGUCCACCAUGUGGCUGGUGGAAGAGUUGACAUCCUCCUCUGCUGGGAUGGCGCCUGCUGCGACGUGGCUUCCAGAUCAUUGCUGAAGAGACUGUGGUCUCAGAGCAGCCGUCGAGAGGGGUGGCAGGAUGAAUGUGGGCACGGCACACAGUGAGGUGAACCCCAACACGCGGGUGAUGAACAGCCGCGGCAUCUGGCUGUCAUACGUGCUGGCCAUCGGGCUCCUGCAUGUCGUGCUGCUGAGCAUCCCCUUUGUGAGCGUCCCCGUCGUCUGGACCCUCACCAACCUCAUCCACAACCUGGGCAUGUACAUCUUCCUGCACACGGUGAAAGGGACACCCUUUGAGACUCCAGACCAGGGCAAAGCAAGGCUGCUGACCCACUGGGAGCAGAUGGAUUAUGGCGUCCAGUUCACGGCCUCCAGGAAGUUCUUGACCAUCACACCGAUUGUGCUGUACUUCCUCACCAGCUUCUACACCAAGUAUGACCAAGUCCAUUUUGUACUCAAUACUGUGUCCUUGAUGAGCGUGCUCAUUCCCAAGCUGCCCCAACUCCAUGGAGUCCGGAUUUUUGGAAUCAAUAAGUACUGAGGUUGUAGCCCCUUCCCCGGCCAGGUUGGCAGGGGAAGGGUAGAAGGCCUUUGCUGUGACGCUGAAAACAGGAGCCUCUGGACACUGCCAGAGAUGGGGGUGUGCCCUGGGCCUGGCUUCCCCUUCGCUUCCCCAGUAGCCGACUUGGAGUAGCUUGUAGUGGGGUUAGGGUGGGGCCCUUGGGCUCUAACCCAUUCUGAAGUUUUUGAUCUUUUCCUUUUGCCUUUUGAAUAGAGAUGCCAUGGGGGUGGUCGUGAAAAGGGCUUGGGCUCUCUGGCUGACUGGACCUGAGCAGCUGGGACCGGGAACCAGGAAAAACCCCCUGCUGGCUCGUUUACCCUCAGGCAGCCAUAGCACUUUAGCCCCUGAGAAGGGGGCAGAGGGACGGUACAGCUUCUGCAUUGUUUCCCCUCAGUCCUUCCAUGUGUGUUUGGGGGGUGAGACUCACUGUUUUGUGUGUAUUAGAAACGUGGGCUGCACUGCCUCCAGGUAGAGAGCAGUCAGGCUUUGUUGACUUCUUUGCAACCCACUCUGGGUGAGCUGUAGGGCAGGGGGAUCUUAGGAAAGGAAGAUGGGUUGGUGGGACACCUAGAGGUGGGGGCCAGGUGCUGCUGCCCUGGCCUUGGGGAGAGGGGAGUUCUGAGCAGGGGUACGGUAGGGAGAGUACUUUGGGUCUUAGACUGGACACGAUAGCAGCCGAUACGGAUCAGUGUAAAAAAGAGGUCUAGGGUGGAGAAGCCAGACUCAGCCUCCUUUGGGAUGUGGGCUGGAAGGAGAGCCGGCUUGGAAGGUUAAUUUACCCACAGGAUGAUGGUGGUGGGGAAGGGAGGCCAGUGUGGGUUUGAAGCUCUUGGGUUGGAACGAGGGUUGCACAGGCUGGAAGAGGUCUGUGAGUCCUCCAAAGAGCAGGUCCGCUUUGACACUUCCUUAGCAGCGGUGUGAGGAAGCUUACAGAGAGGCUUUUCCUAAGCCAUUCAACUUGUAUUCUUGUGUAGACUGUGCUGGGGCAGUGCCUCUUGGGCGGCAUGCAUGUGAGGGGCCAGGGGGCCACCUCCAUAUGAGGUCAGUGGUCUCCGCAGUGCUACAGGAUUCCUGCCCAGACAGGGCAGUAUAGGGACAGCUGCAGGCACUGUCUCCUCAGCCAGAAGAGGCAGUUCACAGAGCAUGAGGCUAGGCCAGAGAGGAGCCGUUGCCUCCCCUCGCUGGUUCGACCGGGGCAUGUUGCUUUGGAAAUGUGUGGGUGCCCAAGCCCUCUCCCAGGGGCUAGAGGGAGGUCACUCACUCUUGUUUUCUAACCGCUAACCCUCAUUCUCAACCCCAUGUAUCAUAGGGAACUUUCACCUUCUGGUCUUUCUAAGCAAAGUGUGAAUAGGAUUUUUACUCCCUUUGUACAGUAUUCUGAAAAAUGCAAAUAAAGAGCAACAUGUUCUGUUUCCCACA